GGGCGGUGCGCGAAGAAACGCCGUCGAACGUUUGCUCGCUUUCGGCAGCCGCUCGCAUUCGCGUGUUCACGGAGGCGCGCUGCCGCCGCCACCGCCGCCGACGACGAGGACAAUCGGAUCGAAAGCGGAUGGUACGCGGCGCUCUCCGCGCGCUCCUUCCCUGAUUCCUCGCUCCUGUUCGCCCCCCUUCCUGUGACAAAGAGAGGGAGAGAGAGGGAGAUAGAGAGAGAGAGAGAGAGAACAGGAGAUACAGGGUGAUAAGCGGAGAGAGACAGGAGAGGAAAAGAGAGAGACACACGAGCCCCCGGUACGUAGGUACGCUCCAGUCGUUCAUGGCUGCGGUAGCACGAAGUGGGGGAAAACAAGCCGUGUAACAACGUAAGAUCCCGAAAGCUUUAUGCAGGAAUAUGUCAAGUUUAAAAAUCGUGUUGGUAAUGCACUUGCUUGCGCUACCCUUGAGAACGAUGGAUUCUGACCAAAGAAAUCAGCAGGUGCAUCAGCACUGAACAAAAUACAAAAAAGACUAAAUAAUGAAUGCCUGCUGCACUCACGCCGCCAACUCUGUACAAGCAGACUUAAGAUUUGUUGAAGUAGUACGUGAGUAGCAGCUACUCACGCCACACUCUCAGCUGUAUAUACCAACCUAAAUACAUAUAUAUACAUAUAUUGUCACGCAUAUAUAUGUAUAUAUAUUUAUUUUAUCGCACAUGGCAGCCAUGAAGCAUGGCAAGACGAGUCAAGACGACGUGUGUUACGUUGUCGCCAAAUAUGAUUACGGAGCACAGGGCGCCCAAGAGUUAGAUUUACGUAAGAAUGAUCGCUACCUGCUCCUGGAUGACUCGAAGCACUGGUGGAGGGUGCAGAGUGCGAGAGGACAGGCGGGUUACGUGCCGAGCAAUUAUGUCAAGAAGGAGAAGCCCUCGCUUUUUGAUAGUAUUAAGAAGAAAGUCAAGAAGGGCUCUGGUUCUAAGACCUUGCCAUCCAGUAACUCGCCAUCCCGCGCAGUCGAAUCGCCCGUUAUGGCGCGACGACUGCCGGCUGAUCCGAGCGAAGCAAUCGGCACCGCGGUCGUCAAGUAUAAUUAUCAGGCGCAGCAAGCGGACGAAUUGUCCCUCGUGAAGGGUACUAGGAUCUUGAUAUUAGAAAAAAGCAAUGAUGGCUGGUGGAGAGGUCAGAGCGGCACCCAGGCCGGUUGGUUUCCGUCGAAUUAUACUCAGGAGGAAGGCGACGCCGAUGAUACGCUGCAUACGUAUGCGAUGGCCGAGAACGUGCUCGAUAUUGUGGUGGCCCUGUACUCGUUCUCGUCUAAUAAUGAUCAGGAGCUAUCGUUCGAGAAGGGUGACCGCCUCGAGAUCCUCGACCGUCCACCGGCGGACCCCGAAUGGUACAAAGCAAGAAACAGCCAGGGACAAGUCGGCUUGGUGCCGCGCAAUUAUCUUCAGGAGCUAAGCGAAUAUUUGACACAGCCAUACCGCGGUAUGACAACUAGUGAAGUUAGCACAGGCGAUUCCUUGGAACGAAGGCCAGACCCCGGCGAUCGGCCUCAUCUCGUCGGCAAACCUUGGUACUACGGUAGUAUUACGCGCUCGCAAUGCGACACGCUGCUCAAUCAACACGGCCACGAUGGUGAUUUCCUGAUCAGGGAUAGCGAGACAAACAUGGGCGACUAUUCGGUAUCCUUAAAAGCACCAGGACGUAACAAGCAUUUUAGGGUACACGUGGAAGGAGCGCUCUACUGCAUCGGCCAGAGGAAAUUUCACACAUUAGAUCAGCUCGUAGAUCAUUACCAGAGAGCCCCAAUUUACACCAAUAAACAGGGCGAGAAGCUGUACUUGGUGCGCCCAUUACCAAAAGGCAAUUCUAGUAGCAACGGUUGCUAGGUGAAUUCGUGCCAUGAUGAAGGAGACAGUCCAUGAUGCGCUUUCAGAUGUAUCGCUAAGAUACUCGACGCCUGCCUAGUAAUAUCAAUAUCACACAUCUCGUACGUUUAUACAUAACAAUUAAUAUAAUUGGUCUACUCGUAUAUUAGUGUUUCUCAAUUGUUUCUCCAUUUACACAGCGACGUAUAAUUUAUAUUACUCUAAGUGAUCGGUAACUGUCAUACAUACAUAGACACACAAUACACACCACACCUCGGAGCUUCCAAACUACUACUAUUACUCAGCAAACGAACAAAGCAUUUUUAAUACGGCAGCUACGUGAGACAUUCGAACUAGUUGACAACACAAGGCUUAUCUUUAUAUUCAUAUGUAAUUGUAAAAGGCGAAAACCGACCAUGUUAUUACGAUUAAUAAUAUAUUACAACUACAUAUAAUAUAGACUGCAAGUGUAAUGAACAAGUAAUAAUUAAUUAUGCAAUUACGAAUGAUUAAGUGGAUCUCUACUCUGGAGCUAUUGGUAUUGAAUUAUAACAAAGACUAAGUGUUCAUUUGUGAUUUUGUAUUUAUUAGAAGUUUUUAAGUAAAUAAACUGUAUUUAAGUGUGCAUAA